UGCUCCAGGCAAAGGGAAUCUCACGAGCAGUCACCCGUAACACUAGUUGACAUCUCUGAUAAUGGUGUACACGUUGACAUUGAAGGCUCGGAUAAGGGGUCUAGACAUACUGUGUUGACUGGUCCGGCUGCGCGUGUCAUGGAGCGGCCACUGGGGGCUAAGAAGGCGAAGGCCAACGGCAAAGUUAAUAACCAACGUCAACGCAAAAUUAGACAGCAUGAAGAGUCUCAAGCGUCAGCAACGUGCAGUAUCACUGCUAGUCUCACGGCACUCGAUUCGUCGCAAGCAGAAAGGUGGUCUAGGAUGGAGGAGAACGAAACAAGGCGCGAAAAGCUGAUAGAAGAACAAUCGAGCGAGCAGCACUCGGCAAGGAUGGCCCGAGAAAUUGUGCAACUAACUAGGGAUUUGGCAAAAAUCGGUGAGGAAAUGAUUGUUGUCUUCCGUAAGUUUGAGGAGUUGGAUCCGGCGAAGCUGGAAACCGAAUCAUCAUGGAAAGAGUACGCCAUCAGGCGGGAACAACUUGAGUACUACACGGAUUCACACAAUGGCGUCAAGGCGGCCAUCGCGACCAUCAAGAGGCAUGAGGGCCAACAACAAUACGUAGGUGAAUCGAGUGUUUCCCCAAGUGGAGGGAAAAAACGUGGUAGGUGCGAAACCCCUUAUAUAAGUAGCUUCUAGUCAGAGUGUCGUUGAUCGACCGGUGCUGUAAGUUUUGACAUAGAAUUGUCUCUUGGGCCAACGAGCGUGGUGACGUGUAACUGUGUUUUUUCCUAGUGUAUUUUUAGGAUAUUUAUUUAAUCGUUCACUACGGCACGCGCAAAGGACCCUAAUGUCUUUUAUUGUAUCCUAUUUCCCUGAGAAGUUUGGCGUGUUUCGGUUGAAUAUCCAGGCAGCUGAAUGUACUUUUCAUGUUGGUUUGCAGUGUUAUUGAUCAUUACUUUCUUUGUUGAUUAUUGUUCAUUUUACG